CCGGGGUGUACCGUUUACUACCAGCUCUAUGUGGUGAAUUAAGUGGGACUCAUAUCGAGCGUUGAAGGCGGGAUGAUCCACCGCGUACCUGCAGUAGCGGCCAGUCUUAUCGAUUGUUGCUCAGCCAAGUCCGCCUUAGAGCAAGACUAGAUCCCUCACAAGCCGGGUGCAAUGCCUCGACCGCAGGUGUACGGCAAGCGUUCGCGUGCCAUCUUCAAUAACAACCAUGCUAUUUUUGACAGCCCAGAGCGGCGGAAUCCAUACAGAGAGCCGGUGGAGCCAGCAGCGAAACCGACUGAUGAUGGGAACAAUAAUCGCACACGAGUUCCUUGCAAUGCUAAAGCGCCAAAAAACACAGCAGGCGUGUUGGGUCACGUAGACGCCAAUGCUGUGGCGCUACCUGCAAAGCUCAGACAGGGCAGGAGAAGCAAGCUCGGAAUGGAAGGGAUCCAAGUAGAAGUGGUGGAGCAACAGAAAUUUGCCACGCCCUUGCGAUGCGCCAUACCACGAAACGAUGAAGACGGCACUGUUCCAAUGUUGCUUGUGAAUCACGCUCGCGCUGAGACGCCGGGCGAAGCGCAGAAGUUGUGUAAGGCCGAAGAUUGUUUGGCCGUAUCUGACUGCUGCGAGCCCAUAGCCCACGGCAUUGUUGAAGAGCUUCUGACAGAAGAACCAAGACCGUUGCACGAGGCACACCAUCACGAAAUCCCCUCAGCGGAAACUCAUGCGGUGCCAGACAGGGUUCAAGCGGACAAUGUCUACAGCCGACACUGCUCAGAGCUACUGGAUCUCUCUAACCAUCCCAUAAGUUCCCUCGCUGAGUGGUCGGAUGAGCUUUCGCAGCACUUCACAAUUGCCAAGAUCGCAGAGGCUUCUUUUGGCGAGGUUUACCGGCUCUCACUGAUUCACCGCCUACCGGGUCUGGACGGGCACAAUGAGUCUGUGUUUAAAAUGAUAGCGCUGCAGCCACCGGUAGCGACUCUUCCGACAACGGGAAGGCAGCAUACCGUAGCCUUGAAGAAGAUGCUGUCCAUGUCCCGACCGGACGACGUUGCGAAUGAGGUGAAGCUGCUCCAACGUAUGAGCAGUAUCCCAGGGUUCACUCUGUUUCGUGAUGUGCGGGUACUGCAGGGUCGACCGCCUAAGCGGUUCAUUGAGGCCUUCAAAGCGUUCAAUGUCGAACAGAAAGCCAGGCAUAAAGAUCGAAGCAUCUUUCCUGAUCCUGGCAAAAGGAGUAGUUACAGCGAUAAGCAGCUUUGGGCGGUCAUCGAGAUGCAGGAUGCUGGCAGUGACUUGGAGCGGUUCAUCGAAAGUGGCGAGUGCCACAGCGUCUUCGCGGUAUGGGAUGUCUUCUGGCAAGUCGUGCUGAGCUUGGCCAAGGGAGAAGAAGCUGCCGAGUUCGAGCAUCGAGACUUGCAUCUCGGUAAUAUUUGCGUUCGCCUAAAGGCGGGUGCCUCAUGCCCUCAGGAAGCGAACGGCAUCGAUGUGAAGAGGAAGCUAGGGUUCACUGACUUAGAAACAACAAUCAUAGAUUACACAAUCUCCCGCUGCCUCCUGUCGGCGCAAUCAGACAAAGCAGUAGCCUACCAAGACCUGGCACUCGACCGUCAUUUGUUCGCCGGAGACGCAGAAGCGGACUACCAGUAUGCCAUGUACCGACACAUGCGAUCAGCGGUCUACGCAAACGAUCCUAUGGCUUCAAUCACCAAGGAGCGAACCGCGAUGGCGGCCGAGAGCGGGACAUGGCAGCAAUACCAUCCGAUCACGAACUUAGUCUGGCUGCACUUCAUCCUUUACAAGCUUCUUGAGCAGCUUGACUGGCCGAGUGCAAAGAGAGCGCCGCCGAAAAGGCAGAAGCUGGCGCAUGCCGAAUGGAAGCGCGCCAACGAUCUGGAGCAUAAGCUGCUCAAGAUGCAGGGCUUGCUCAAUCUGGAAACCGGACUGUGCAAAAACGGAAUGCGGUUGGCCUCAGAUGCUGUGGCUUUGGCGCUUACGGAGGGUUGGCUGGAUGUCGAGGAUGUCAUUGGUGGGAUGGCAGAUGGAUUACUCGAGGACCAGACACUGCGACCAGCAGAGCAUAAUGAAAUGCAGGCGGAGGACAUAACGGAGCAGUUAACGCAUCUGCAGAUCAACGUCGAUGUGAUAGAGAAGCAUGGACUAGAGAUUGCAGAACGGGAGGCGAGAGCUGGCCGGCAUCGCAGUCGACGGUGCAAAACCUGAUCUCCACUCUGCUGAGACGAAGCAAGAGAACAGCCUGUUCAGUAUCGUACAGUGUCUUGAUUCCGUACUAGAUGCUUUUUGUACAUCCA